AUGAUCUAUUGCAAAUUUCGAGACAUUUACCAAGUUCAAGACCGUUGGCAUCCAGUGUGUCAAAAGAACGUUGACGCUGUUCAUUUGGAACUUUGGUUGCUGGUACGUACUAUGAAGUGGAACUGUGAGUCCUGCGAAUCGAGUCCUGCGAAUCCAUCAUAUACCAAGGACGAACUGGCGCAUCAGCUCCGUGAAACGAAAGCCAAGGUUCUUGUGGCUCACUCGUCCAACGUGGACACGGCUUUUGAAGCGGCCGACAUUGUCGGCUUGGCCCGGUCAAGCAUUUUUGUAUUUGGAAAGGGGAUAGUCAAGGGUGUGCGGCCAUACGUUAAGGUAUUGCUUGGUGGCCGUCUUGCCAGAACGGUCGAAUUUAAGUUCGAGAAAAGCUUGCGCAAAAGUAAAGGUGUUAUGACGACGUACAAUACUGCAAUACGAAAUAAUAUCACGGCAAUAUGGUCUCCAACAUCUGAAAGCGAAGCAGCACGUAUUUUGGCAGUACUCCCCUUUUUCCACAUUUAUGGCUUGAUGGUGGUUUUGCAUGCACCCUUCUAUAUGCAGCGCCCUGUGUACAUUCUGCCGCGUUUCGACCUGGAGCAAUUCUGUACCACGGUCCAAAAGUACAAGAUCUCCUUCGGUUGUGUUGUGCCACCAAUUUUGCUUUUAUUAGCAAAAUCGCCUGCUAUUGACAAAUAUGACCUGUCGUCGCUAAAGGUGGUUGUGUCUGGCGCAGCUCCUUUGGACGCAGCUUUGGCAGACGAGGUACAAAAGCGGUUGAAUUUGAAGGUGAAACAAGCGUAUGGCCUCACCGAGACAACUCCAGUCGUUUGUAUCCAGCCUAAUAAUAACAUCGUUCCAGGCUCAUCGGGUGUACUUGUACCUGACAUGUUUGCCAAGGUCGUGGAUGCCGAAAAUGGAAAAGAAAUGGGGGUCGGUGAACGUGGCGAGUUGUGGCUGAAAGGACCGAAUAUCAUGAAGGGCUACCUUAACCGUCCGAAAGAAACUGCCAAUUGUAUUGACUCUGAAGGCUACUUCCACACUGGGGAUGUCGCUAUAAUCGAUUCAGCCGGUCAUAUUUAUAUCGUUGAUCGUAUAAAGGAGCUAAUCAAAUAUAAAGGUUUUCAGGUUGCACCUGCUGAAUUGGAAGGCAUACUGCUUAAGUACGCAGACGUUGCUGAUUGUGCCGUCAUUGGCUUAUACGAUCAUGAACAAGUCACUGAAAUACCACGUGCCUAUAUCGUUCUCAGACCAGGUGUACAGCAGGGCGAAAAGGUCGCGGAGGAUCUUAAAAAGUUUGUGGCAGACAAGCAAAUCCAAUCCGUGAUUUUCCGUGAUCAAAUCCCCAAGAGUGCUACUGUAAAAAUUCUGCGAAAUGUUCUGAGAAAUGAGGUCAAGGCCGAAGAGGACGCGAAGCGAGCAUCCAAGUUAUGA